AUGGAGAUUGCUAUGAUUCGGGCAAAUGUUGAAGAAAAUAGAAAAGCCACAAUGGCUCGAUUCUUAGGUGGUUUGAAUAAAGAAAUAGCUGAUUUAGUUGAGUUGCAGCAUUAUGUGGAGCUAGAGGACACGGUGCAUAUGGUUAUGAAAAUUGAAAAGCAGCUCAGGAGGAAAGGGAUGUCGAGGUAUGGUAGUAGCACAAGUUCAAUUCCUAAGAGCUCAUGGAAAUCGAACUGGCCCAAGAAGGAGGAUAAGGCUGUUUCUAAGCCCAAGCAUGAAGAAAGUAAGAGUAAGCCUCAUGGGGAAAGUAAGAGUCAUAUUGCUUCACAAUGCCCCAAUAAAAGGGCAAUGAUCUUAAAGGAUAAUGGAGAUAUAAAGACUGAGAGUGAUAAAGAUAGUGAUUCUAUACCUCCAUUAGAAGAUGCUACUGAUGUGGAGUAUGCUGUAGAGGGGAGUGCAUUAGUCACUAGGAGAGCAUUGAGUAUGCAAGUGAAGGGAGCUAGUACACUAUUAGUUGAGAAAUUGAAGUUGCCUACUUUGAAACAUCCUAGACCAUACAAGUUACAAUGGUUGAAUGAAUGUGGAGAUGUUAAAGUGACUAAGCAACCACUAGUUGCUUUUUCCAUUGGUAGAUAUCAUGAUGAGGUUAUAUGUGAUGUAGUGCCUAUGCAUGCUGGUCAUCUGUUACUUGGUAGACCAUGGCAGUUUGAUAGACAAAUAUAUGAGGAUCAAGUGAAAUUUAGGAGAUCAAUUGAGAAGGAAAACACUAGUGAGGAUGAGAGUAAAAGUGUAGGAAAAGGAGAGGCUAAGAGUUCUAAUGAGGAGAAUAGAGUGAUUGAGAGUAAAAAUAAAGAGAAAAAUAAAGAGAGGAGUGAAAAGUCAUUGAGUGAGACUGGAAAAAAAGUGAAUCCAGUGAAAAAGGAGAGCAAAGAGAGAAAAAUGAGCUUAUUUGCAAAAGAAAGAGAUGUUAAGAGCGCAUUUUUUGCUAGAAAGCCAAUGAUUGUACUUAUGUACAAGGAGGCUUAUUUGAAUUUUGCUGACCUUAACAGUUCUUUGCCUAGUUCUGCUGUUUCUCUUUUACAGGAGUUUGAAAAUGUUUUUCGUAAGGAUAUGCCUAAUGAGUCACCACUUAUUAGAGGGAUCGAAUAUCAGAUUGAUUUUAUUCCUGGAGCAGCAAUUCCUAAUCGACCAGCUUACAGAACUAAUCCUGAGGAGACAAAGGAACUUCAGAGGCAAAUUGAGGAGUUAUUAGCAAAAGGAUAUCCCAAUUCUAGGCUAGAUGACAUGUUAGAUGAAUUGCAUGGUGCUUGUGUCUUUUCGAAAAUUGAUUUGAAAAGUGGAUACCACCAGAUUAGGAUGAAAAUAGGUGAUGAGUGA